GAAAGAGACCUAUUCCAUCCGCUGUGUUUAAUUUAUUAGAAGGCUAUGCUACUGCAGUGGUAUAUAAACAUGCUGUAAAGUGUAAACAGGUAACAUAUGAGUAUACUGCUUCCUAUACUGAUACAAUCCAGGAUGUCCGACUGUACUGAACACGUAGAACGUGAAGGGUCUGAAACAAACUCGCACACGGCACAGAUAGUACAGGCCAGUUCUAAUAGUACUGGCACCCAAGUGCAGCCUAAUUCUGGUACUACAACAGUGGUUGACAGUAACCCUAGCACUAGGACACCAGAGACCUCGGAUUGCUAUGAACAACCACGUGCAUGCGAAAGUCAGGCACCGAUGGCUUUACAGGAUAGUAUAUCAGAUACACAACGUGAAAUACAUGACGAUGGAUUUGUCGAUAGUACGCCAAGCAUGCGCACAGUCACAAGUACAUGCAUACCUCAGACCCCAGCGCAGGCGCUACAGUGUGAAGUAUCAGAUGUACUCACUGGACAAGAUGAAGACGUUCCGGAUGAGACAGGGACAAUACCCGACUCAAGCGAAAACAAGGAAGACUCUGUUAAUGGAAAAUCGAUCAAGAACACUAUCUCUGCCGCAACAUCCACGUUUAGUCCGCAUGUGUUGCGCCAGCAGAUGAGCAACCUGUCUGCCACCAUGUCCGAUGGUCUAUCGCAGGUGAGAUGA